GGAAAGCAGCCUGGGAGGUUUGCACGGUGUUUGCAUCUGCAAGCCUCUUUUCCACUGCAAAGGAGCAGGAAAGCCCUUGCCUGAACAGAGAAAUCGGGAGCAAAGCAAGGAGACCUUUUGAGUCCUGUUGAUAGCGGAGAUGGAGACGAAACUAAAGAUGGAAGAGCAAAACUUUGCAGCAAAAGGCACCCGUAUCAUCCAGGAAGGGAGCAGUGCAUUGCCCUGGGAAGGAAGAGGGCAGGAGAACGAGGCUGGGAGCAACACCAGCUCAGAUGUGGGGUGCCAGCACUUCAGGGAAUUCUCUUUUCAGGAAGCCAAGGGCCCCCGAGAGGUUUGCAGCCAACUCCACCGCCUUUGCUGCCAGUGGCUGAAGCCAGAAAGGAACACCAAUGCUGAGAUGCUGGACCUGGUGGUGCUAGAGAAGUUCCUCUCUGUCCAGCCCCCAGAGAUGGAGAGCUGGGUCAGAGAAUGUGGGGCGGAGACCAGUUCCCAGGCGGUGGCCCUGGCAGAAGGCUUCCUCCUGAGCCAGGCGGAGGACAAAGAGCAGGUGCAGCGGAUGUUGGAGAAAGCACCCACAGAUUCCCCUGAGGCAGAGGAGGCUCCACCGGGCAUCACACAGAGGCUGCUGGACAGGUGGAUCUUGCAGGAGGGUGACGGAGGACCCUCCUCACUGGGGAGUGAAGAGACCAGCAGAGAGGGUGAACGGACUCCUUCUCUUUGUGGUGGAGUGGAAGCGGUUUCUGCGCAGCCUGGACAGGGUCUGGUGAUCUUUGAGGACGUUUCUGUGCAUUUCUUGGAGGAGGAGUGGGCUCUGCUGAAUCCAGGUCAAAGGACUCUGCACAAGGAAGUCAUGGAGGAUAUACGUGGGAUCCUGGCCUCUCUGGGUGAUCUCAGAGAGAGCAAGAAUAAUGGGGUCCACCAGAGAAGGAAAACUGAAACUGAAGACAAGUGGGGAAACAAGUCCAUUUCUAUUGAAGGGUCAGACGACCAUGAAAUUCCAUUAGUAGAAGAACCAAGGAAAAGGAAUAUUCACAAUAGGAAGACACAGUGGAAAAGCUCUCAGUAUAUAGAGACGCAGAAGAUACACCUUACCAAACGUCAAAGAUUUCACUCAGGGGAGAAAAUAUUUCAGUGCUUGGAGUGUGAGAAGAAAUUCAGUUGCAACUCAGAUCUUUGCUUGCAUAAAAGAAUUCACACAGGGGAUAAGCCCUAUAAAUGCUCUGAAUGUGGAAAGGGUUUUACUCUGCGUUGGAAUCUUAAAGAACAUCAAUAUAUCCACACAGACAAGAAGCCCUUUAAGUGUGGUGAAUGUGGAAAGGGUUUCACUCAGAGCAGGAAACUGAAAGUCCAUGAAUAUAAACACACAGGGGAGACACCCUUUAAAUGCUCUGAAUGUGGAAAGAGUUUCAGUCAGAACAUGUACCUGAAAGCCCAUCAAAGCCUUCACACAGGAGAAAAGCCCUAUAAAUGCUCUGAAUGUGGAAAGAGCUUUACUCUGCGCUGGAAUCUUAAAGCACAUCAAUAUGUCCACACAGGCAAGAAGCCCUUUAAAUGUGCUGAAUGUGGAAAGGAUUUCACUCUGCACAGUUCUCUUAAAGCACAUCAAAAUAUUCAUACAGGCAACAAACCCUAUAAAUGUUCAGAAUGUGGAAAGAGUUUCACUCAGAGCAGUAAACUCAAAGCACAUCAAUAUAUUCAUUCAGGGGAGAGGCCCUAUAAAUGCUCUGAAUGUGGAAAGGGUUUCAGGAGUAACUAUAGCCUUACACGGCAUCAAAGCAUUCACGCAGGGGAGAAGCCCUUUAAAUGCUCUGAAUGUGGAAAGGGUUUCACUGAGCGGAGGAAUCUUAAAGCACAUCAAAGCAUCCACACAGGUGAAAAGCCCUUUAAAUGCUCUGAAUGUGGAAAGGGUUUCACUGAGCGGAGGAAUCUUAAAGCACAUCAAAGCAUUCACACAGGGGAAAAGCCCUUUAAAUGCUCUGAAUGUGGAAAGGGUUUCACUUUUCAUGUAAAUCUCAGAAAACAUCAGAUUAUCCACACAGGUCAGAAGCCCUAUAAAUGCUCUGAAUGUGGAAAGCGCUUCAAUCAGCACAGGAAUCUUAAAACACAUCAAAAUAUCCACACAGGUGAGAAGCCCUAUAAAUGCUGUGAAUGUGGAAAGAGUUUCACUUAUAGCAUGAGCCUGAAAGCACAUCAAUAUAUCCACACAGGGAAGAAGCCCUUUGAAUGCUUUGAAUGUGGGAAGGGUUUUAGUAGCAACGUGAGCCUUAAACACCAUCACAGAAUCCACACUGAUGAGAAGCCCUUUAAAUGCUCAGAGUGUGGAAAGAGUUUCAGUCGCAGUGUGUACCUUAAACACCAUCACAGAAUCCACACAGGCGAGAAGCCCUAUCAGUGCUCAGAGUGCGGGAAGGGUUUCAGUCGCAGCAUGAGACUUAAACACCAUCUCAGAAUCCACACAGGCGAGAAGCCCUUUAAAUGCUCAGAGUGUGAAAAGAGUUUCAGUCGCAGUGUGAGCCUUAAACACCAUCACAGAAUCCACACAGGCGAGAAACCCUAUCAGUGCUCAGAGUGCGGGAAGGCUUUCAGUAUCAGUUCAAGCCUUAACCGGCAUCAAAAUAUCCACGCAGGGGAAAAGCCCUUUAAAUGCUCUGAAUGUGGAAAGAGUUUCAGUCAGAGCAUGACACUGAAAGCACAUCAAAAUAUCCACAUAGGGGAGAAACCCCAUAAAUGUCCUGAGUGUGGAAAGGGUUUUUGUAGUAGCUCAAGCCUUAACCGGCAUCAAAGCAUCCACACAGGGGAGAAGCCCUAUCAAUGCUCAGAGUGUGGAAAGAGCUUCGUUGUGAACAGCCGCCUUAAGUUGCAUCAAAGGACUCACACAGGCGAGAAGCCCUUUAAAUGCUCUGAAUGUGGAAAGGGUUUUCGUUGCAGCAGGAGCCUUAAAAACCAUCACAGACUCCACACAGGGGAGAAGCCCUUUCAAUGCUCUGAAUGUGGAAAGAGUUACAGUUCCAGCACGAGCCUUAAAAACCACCACAGAAUCCACACAGGCGAGAAGCCCCAUGAGUGCUUAGAGUGCGGAAAGAGCUUUGCUCAAAGCGCACACCUUAAACGACAUCAAAGAAUUCACACAGAGGCAAAGCCAUAGAAGUGCUCAGAGUUUGGAAAGCAACUCAAUCAGACAUUGCACCUUGCCUCACAUCAAACGAUCUGCACCGGGGAGAAGCACUACGAAUGCUCUGUAUGUGGAAAGCACUUUUGACAGAGCUGACACUGUAACUUGCAUCCAAGAAUUCACACUGGAGAAAAUGCUUUGAGUGUGGAAAUGGUUUCCUGGUGCAGCUCAGAGCUUAAGCAACAACAAAUAAUUCACUCUGGGGAGAAGCCCUAUAAAUGCUCAAGUGCAGAAAAAGCUUCAGUCAGAGCAGCCACCUUAAGUUGCAUCAAAGCACUCACACGGGUGAGAAGUUGUAACUUGCAUGCACAGAGAAGAAAAGCCCUUUCAAAGCUCAGUGUGGAAAGGGUUUCGUUUUGCAGCUCAGACUUCAAGCAAGCUGGGAAAGCGGGCAUCCAAAUGGCAGAUGCAGUUCAUAGAAUCAUAGAAUAGCAGAGUUAGAAGGGGCCUACAAGGCCAUCGAGUCCGACCCCCUGCUCAAUGCAGAAAUCCACCCUAAAGCAAGUGUAAGGUGAUGCACGUUGGGGCAAAAACCCCGGAACUUCAAGUAUAACCAGAUGGGACCUGAGCUGACAGUGACCAAGACAGAGAUCUUGGGGUUGUGGUGGACAGCUUGAUGAAAAGGUCCACGUAGUGUGCGGCCGCUAUAAAGAAGGCA